ACAUGAAGAACGCUUGAGAUAUAACCACUCCAUCCCUGACUUCUUUGUCAGACAAACGCGAGGAAAAAUUGAAAUUUUACAAAAAAAACAUAUCUCAUUAAAUCAAAACCACUAAAGGCACCAUACUGAAAGAACAAAUUACAAAGAGAUAGCGCCAUAGAGCUGUAUAAAAUACUCUUUGUGCAGGAAAAUAACCUAGAAAAUUGUACCGCGCCCGUUUCUAGGCCAAGGAGCUAGUUGGACUGCGACGCAAAAGGCGUCACAAAUUUGCAAACCAGUUUUUGGCGCUGAAACACACUCACACGCUACCGUUCAAGUGUCAAGUGGAAAGCAGAAAAAAAAGACAGAUUUACAGGAUCAAUUUAUCGAAAGAAAACAGCAAGGAACCAUGAACACUGGGAUUUCUCUAAAUGAGCGCUUUACGCAAAUGCAGUCAAAGCAGCCGCCGCAGGGACGCGGUCGCAGCCGCUCGAGGAGCAGGAGCCGCCGCAUCGUGGACAGCGGCGCCGGAAACCCGGGAGUGUCGGCAGCCAACUCCCGCCUUUUGCAGGAGUUCAAGCGGCGCCACACCGCCCAGACGGCUCUCAAGCUGAAGCGCAGAAGCUUACGGACCACCGGCGUGAGCGGACGCGGAGCCCGCGUCGGCGGCGUCAAGUCGCUGCGCCUGGCGCCUAAUGGAAAGCCCAUGCGGUCCAACAACGUGACCCGGGUAGCAACGAUGCGUGCCGAUCUAGUGGCCAGCGGUAAUGCGGCCCGCAAUCGCCGCAGCGGCAGCAGCACCCGCUUUUCCGUUUCUGGCGGAGGCGGAGGUGGCCUUCGCCAGCGGCUAGGACAACGCCGCCCUUCAGUGGGUGGUGCCGCCGAGCGCAUAGAGCGCCGUCAGCGACAGCAGCAGCAGCAGCAAGCUCCCCGUGGACGUUCCCGCUCGCGAUCCCGUUCGCGUCCCCCGCAACCACAGCGCGCGGACAGGGGGCGAUCCCAGAGCCGUGGACGCAGCGUAGGCCGAUCCCAAAGCCGUAAUCGCGAUCGCUCUGCUCAGGGGCGUAUCCCGGUAAAACAGCGCCUUUCGGUCAAGCAUCGCCUCGGCGUGCGUCCCGGUCAGGGAAACAAUAAGACCAACCAGGUCAAGAACACAAGACAGCGCCGAGCGCCGAGCAAACUUCGAGGCGUGGCCGGUGGACGGGUGGAGAAGCGCCGUAACGCCCAAGCUUCCCAAAAGAAGGGCAUUUCCGCAUCACUCGCCGGUCGCCAGGGACGCCCACGAGGAAGAUCUGCUCUCAGAAACGCUGCUGCUGCUAAUAAUACCGCUCCGGCUCGUCGCUCACGCUCCCGCAAUCGUGUGGCCGCCACCGCUGCUGCCGCUGCCCCCGCUACCGCUAAGGGUCGGGCCAAUCCCCGCCAGCGACGUGGACGCAGUGCAGGCGCUGCCAAGGGCAAAAACACUAGCAACACUAACAACAAAAACGGUAAAACCAACAAAAACAGCAAGGCCAGGGCGGCAAACGUUGGCAAACAGGGCCCGCAGCAAGAGGCUCGCCGGGGACGCAGUCGUAGUCGCAAGCCUGCAGGUAAACCACAGCGCGCGGAGGUGAAACGGGAGGAUUUGGACAUGGAGUUGGAUCAGUACAUGUCCACCACGAAGUCGGAGAUGGACUACUUGCUUAAGUAAUCUCGAGUCGAUUGGACCAAAUCAAAGCCAUUAAUAUAAUGGUUGAAGAGAACAGAAGAAAGCUACCACCGGCUAUAGAAAGAUUACGUUUCUCUUAUUGCACUAAGUUACCGCCUAGUAAUAAUAUUCUGUAAGCAUUAAAACAUAGCAUUACAAAAGCGCCUACGUGGCGCACUUAAACAUAUAGAUAUUCUCGUGUACAUAUGGCAAGAUCUAAAACUAUAAGUAAAUUGGCCGAGAAAUGUAUUGUUUAACCAAUGAUAUUGUUAAUCGCAUUUUUCGAAAUACAAAUUUAUCAUUGCUCAACUAAAA